ACGCUGGGUAAACCCUUGGGAGAAGGUUGCUUUGGGCAAGUGGUCAUGGCCGAAGCGGUGGGGAUUGACAAAGACAGGCCAAAAGAAGCGGUGACUGUGGCGGUGAAGAUGUUGAAAGAUGAUGCUACAGAAAAAGAUCUCUCUGACCUGGUGUCAGAGAUGGAGAUGAUGAAGAUGAUUGGGAAGCACAAAAAUAUCAUCAAUCUCCUUGGAGCCUGUACCCAGGAUGGUCCAUUGUACGUUAUAGUAGAAUACGCUUCCAAAGGAAACCUGCGCGAGUACCUGCGAGCACGCCGCCCCCCGGGGAUGGAGUAUUCAUUUGAUAUUAACAGGGUGCCUGAAGAGCAGAUGACAUUCAAGGACCUGGUGUCAUGCACAUACCAGUUGGCAAGAGGCAUGGAGUACCUGGCUUCUCAAAAAUGUAUCCAUCGAGACUUGGCUGCAAGAAAUGUUUUGGUAACUGAAAAUAACGUCAUGAAAAUAGCAGACUUUGGUUUAGCCAGAGACAUCAACAAUAUAGAUUAUUAUAAAAAGACUACUAAUGGACGGCUUCCAGUAAAAUGGAUGGCUCCAGAAGCUCUGUUUGACAGAGUUUACACACAUCAAAGUGAUGUUUGGUCAUUUGGUGUGUUAAUGUGGGAGAUCUUCACACUGGGAGGAUCGCCCUACCCUGGAAUCCCAGUGGAGGAACUUUUUAAGCUGCUUAAAGAAGGGCACCGAAUGGAUAAACCUGCCAACUGCACCAACGAACUCUAUAUGAUGAUGAGAGAUUGCUGGCAUGCUGUGCCUUCACAGAGACCGACUUUUAAACAGUUGGUAGAGGACUUGGAUCGGAUUCUCACUCUCACAACUAAUGAGGAGUAUCUGGACCUCAGCGGGCCUCUCGAACAGUAUUCACCUAGUUACCCUGACACGAGGAGUUCGUGUUCUUCAGGUGAUGACUCUGUUUUUUCUCCCGAUCCAAUGCCUUAUGAACCUUGUCUUCCCAAGUACCAACACAUGAAUGGAAGUGUGAAAACAUGAAAAGAAAUCAUACAGAGGAAUAAAGAGACAAGAACACCAAGCUACCUACCGUAUGCAAAACGAAACCUUUUCUCCAGGACCUUAAUGUUUCUGCUUGUACAUAUGAAAUAUGGGAGGGGAAAAAA